UGUACUACUAUUAUUAUUAUUAUUAUUAUUGUUAUUAUUACUAUUACUAUUGUCGACGUGCUGCACACCGCAUCGUGCGCGCUCGCACACAAUAGUGUAUGAUGUGAGGGCAGAGGAAAGACGGGAAAAAAAAUAAGAUUACGGACGAGAAGCAAUUUUUUUCGUUGAAAUUUUUUUCUCCCUUCACUUCUCGUCGCGCCACCACCACCGCUCGUUCUGUGUGCGCGCGUGUGUGUGUGUGUGUGUACGUGCGUGUGUCUGUGGAAAACUGCCGCCGCCGCGGCGCUUUUGUCUGGGGGGGGCCCCCUAACGCACAAGGAAACGCGACCGACGACAACUGCUGCUGUACAACACACUCUACCCCGACGUAGCCGCCGAUCGUCAUCUCCGCUGGCAACCGUGGCACAGCGAGGACGUGCUGCCCUGACGAUCGUCUGCGCGACCCACACACGCAGCCAUCGUCGUGUCCACACCGUCCGGUCGUCUAGCCGUCGCCUUAUCCGAGUGAUCAUUGCACUAGGUACGGAUCAGCCAGACGUCUUGUCCGUCGUUCAGCAAACUCACCACUGCAGUCUGGUGUUACGUCGUUCUGAAAUGCCACUGUCGUCGAAUUGCCUUUGCGUCCUCAGCAACGCACAACCAAAGCUGGCCUCCUUGUUCUAACAUAUACCAAAGCUUACGGUGCAGUAAGAUUAUUUGAUUUUCAACAACAUAAGUACUUGUAAAUCACAACACAUUUGCCAUGGCUAUGUUAACUUUCAUGAGCCAUAAACUUUUAAUGUACGUAUAAUUUAAAGAGUGAUUAAGUAUGGAUAGUAGAAGAUCAUGGAAGGGACAAUUGUCGCUGAAAGAAUCGGAACACCGCAGGUAUUCAGAUUCAGAAGAACACAAGAGUAAAACAUCAGCUUCAAAUAACUCAGAAUUAUCAAAUUUAGUUUUGAUGCGCAACAGUACUCUGGGGCAAUCAGCACCUUCCUUAUCAAAUAGUUUGAGAGAAUUACAUGUUACUGGAUCUGGAAGACGUUCAAACAAGGCUAGUCACAGAAAAAGCUUUAUAUCAAAUACAUCACCUACAUUACCAAGAUGUCAUUCUCCGAUGUCAAGUAGUCCAUUAGAAAGCCCCAAAGUAGUUCACCCUCAUCCUCAUUUUCCAUUUGUUUCAAUAAAAAGGCACAAUUUACUCAAUACAGAUUGUCGUGAUGGAAGAAGGUGGUCAGUUGCUUCAUUACCAUCGUCAGGUUAUGGAACCACUUCUGGAAGUUCAAAUGUUUCAUCUCAGUGUUCCAGUCAAGAACGUUUACACCAGCUUCCAAAUAUGCCAACAUCUGAUGAAUUACAUAUGUUUUCUAAGCAUUUUUCAUCCAAUGACAGUACUCAUAGUGCAGAAGAAGAUAAUAUUAUUUACCGCAAAUCUCGUUUUAAUCGUCCACGUUCAAGAAGUUUAAGCAGUCCAAGCAGAUCGCCCGUAAUUGAUAACGAUAUUGUUAUGAUGAAUGUGCUUUAUAAAGAUAGGUUUCCCAAGGCUACUCAUCAGAUGGAAGAACGAUUAAGCAUGUUUAUAAAUGAAUACGAAAAACUUAAUUUAGAACACAUAGAAAUAUCACCAGAUGCUGUACCUAUUGUUAGAUUUGUUAAUCAUCAAGUGUUGGAAAUAGCUAGAGAUUGCUUAAAAAAAUCUGAAGAAAAAUUGAUAACACGAGGUUACUUUUAUGAGAUGUCAGAAAAUUUGGAGUUAUUGUUGGCUGAGGCAAGAGAAAAGUCGGAAGAAGCCACUGCACUUCUGACAGGAAUAGUGAAAAAAUUAUUAUUAAUAAUAUCUAGACCAGCUAGGUUACUUGAAUGCUUAGAAUUUGACCCUGAAGAAUUUUACCAUUUGCUAGAACAAGCUGAAGGUCAAGCUAAAAUCUGUCAAGGCAUUAAAGAUGAAAUACCACAAUAUAUAAUAGGAAAAUUAGGCUUAAAUCGUAACUCUGUUGAUGAUAUUGAUGUAAACUUUCAUAAAUUAGAUGAAUAUUCUUCAUCUUUAAUAAAAAAAACUCAACAACAAAGUACUAAAAAAGAUACAUUUUCUUCUGCACCUUCAGAAGUUGAUUUUGAUGUAAUUAAAUUGAUCUCUAAUGGUGCGUAUGGUGCUGUGUAUCUUGUAAGACAUAAACAAACUCGUCAACGAUUUGCAAUGAAGAAAAUUAUAAAGAAUAAUUUAAUGUUACGUAAUCAAAUUGAACAAGUAUUCGCUGAGCGGGAUAUUAUGAGUUUUACUGACAAUCCAUUUGUGGUCACCAUGUACUGCAGUUUUGAAACAAGGAAACAUCUUUGUCUUGUAAUGGAAUAUGUUGAAGGAGGUGAUUGUGCAUCUCUUUUGAAAAAUAUUGGUCCUUUACCACCAGACAUGGCAAAAUUUUAUUUUGCUGAAACUGUACUUGCUGUUGAAUAUCUUCAUAAUUAUGGGAUAGUGCAUCGUGACUUAAAACCUGACAAUCUUUUAAUUACUGCAUUAGGCCACAUAAAAUUGACCGAUUUUGGAUUAAGUAAAAUGGGCUUGAUGUCAUUGGCAACUAAUUUAUAUGAAGUACAUGUGGACAGAGAUACCCGGCAAUUUUCUGACAAACAAGUUUUUGGUACUCCUGAGUAUAUAGCUCCAGAAGUGAUUCUAAGACAAGGUUAUGGUAAACCAGUAGAUUGGUGGUCUAUGGGAAUAAUAUUAUAUGAAUUUUUAGUAGGGUGUGUACCAUUUUUUGGUGAAACGCCUGAAGAACUUUUUGCCCAUACUGUAAAUGAUGAUAUUGAAUGGCCAGAUGAAAAUGAAUGGCCAAUUCAGCCCGAGGCCAAAAAUAUAAUAUCGUCAUUACUGCAACAAAAUCCUAGAGAUCGAUUAGGUACUGGUGGAUCACAUGAAGUCAAAGAUCAUCCUUAUUUUUAUGGAGUUGAUUGGAACUCAUUAUUGAGACAAAAAGCUGAAUUUAUGCCACAAUUAGGCAAUGAAGAAGAUACUAGUUAUUUUGAUUCCAGAAGUGAUCGUUAUAGUCACGAAAUUGAUGAGGAUACAGAUGAUGACUCAUUGAUUUUGGGUACAUUUUCAUCUUGUUCACCACAGUUCAAAAAAGUAGCAAGUAAAUUGUCAAUAAGUAAUGAAUAUUCAUCAUUAUCUCCUUCAGUCAACUUUAAAGAUGAUUCUUUAUCUAUUAAUACUGGAAUGUUCGACACAUCAGCAUCAGAAGGAGAAACAGUUGAUGAAAGUUUAAAAUCGCCAGUAGCUAAGAAAACAACACUUGACAAGUCUCAAAAUGAAGACAAUGAAAAUACUCAAAUUAGUCGUAGGCGACGUUUAUAUAGUAAAGAAAGUAUACCGAAAUUCUCAAUUUCGAUUGAAGAUGACAGAUCUCCGCAAUUAAGGAGUUUAUCAGAAAAUGAGUCUGAUGAUCCUUCAUCAGAAAAAAAAGAGGAAUUCCUAAGUUUACCUGUGACUACUAAUCUAUGUCCUACUUUACCACCUUCACCAAGUACUUCAAGCAUGGCAAAAAACCACAAAAGCAAUUCUCUCGGUGGUCAACGAGCAAGAUCUGUCAUCAAGAGUUUUUCAGCCACUGGAUUGUCUUUGAUGAUACCUCCUGAAUCCGGUAACAACGGAUUGCAAAUGAAGUCUCCAGGAUCGUGUAGUGCAUUAAACUCUCCCUGUAGGGAUGCACCUUUAAUCACUAGUUUGAAACCACCAAUUAUAUUGCGCAGAGGUCCCUCUGGCUUUGGGUUUACAGUUAAUACUAUUCGUGUAUACUUCGGCGAUACUGAUUUCUACACUAUGCACCAUUUAGUAAUGGCAGUGGAUCCCGGAAGUCCAGCUUUUGAAGCGGGCCUGAGUCCUGGCGAUCUCAUUACCCACGUCAACGGAGAACAAGUCCAGGGGAUGAACCACACACAAGUGUUGCAACUCCUGUUGUCCGGCGGCGACAAAGCCACCUUGCGAUCCACGCCGCUGGAGUUCACGACCAUCAAGACCGGCGGACGGCGCCGGGAACCUGGCCAGAGCAAGUUGGCAUCGAACUCCAGGCACAGGGGCCUAGGGUUCGCGCACCACUCGCACCGACACCACAAGAGAUCGCAGCGCAAGGACAUACCGGCCGGUGAGAGCAGACGCCGGCAAAAGUCGUCGCUGUUCCGGCGGAUCAGUACCAAGUGUACGCCCGACUAUCAGCAGCUGACCAUCAUCGGAAACCGAUCACUCGUGGCUGGCGGUUCCGCGGCGCAGGAUGCGGUGACGACGGCUGCGGCGUCGUCGACGUCCGCAGACUACUCGUCGUCGACCAGCUCGUCGAGUUCGUCAGCCAACUCGUCACCGACGUUGACGCCCAACUCUCCCACGCCGUACCAGCGGCCGUCCACGUUGCACGGGCUCAAGCAUAAGCUGCACUCGGCCACCAAGAACCUGCACUCACCCAACCGGCGCAAGUCCGUCGGCCACAUUCCGUUGUCACCGCUGGCCCGGACCCCGUCGCCGUCGCCGCUUCCGCAGUCGCCCACCCGGUCGCCCAGUCCGCUGACGUUCUCGUCCGGACAUCAGCCCGGAAGCUCCAACACCACGCAGUCGUACAGCCCGUCGUCGCUGGCGUCGUCUAACCCGUCGUCGGCGGCGGCGGUGGCGGCUGUGGCUGCAGUGUGCGGUGGCGUGGCCGCGUCGGGUUCAAACGCGACGGUCGGCGGUAGCGGCGGCUCGUUGGGAUGUUGCGGCAGUGGCGGCACCGUAAUCGUUAAGAAAACGGGUUCGUCGUUUAGUCGGCCGUGCAAGACGUCGGAACCAGGAUCACCCCUGUUGCGCCGCGCCCUGUCGCCCGACCGGUUGCACCCGCGCACCGCCGAGACCAAGUCCAAUUCCAUAUCGCCGCUGUGCGAUCCCGCGCUCAAGGUGACCACACACCACGCGCCCCGCGUCACGGUCACCACCAAGUCGCCACCGAUGUGUGUCCGGGUGCCCGGCGUCCCGGCCGCCAACUCGCCGCUGUCCAAGACCUGCACUACCACCACCACUACGACGACGACGACAAAGAUAUUGCACGACGACGACGACGACGACUCGGCCGCCGAGGAAAAGGUCGUUGUUUUCCCGAUCGCCUGUAAAAACGAUCAAGCGUCGUCGCAGCAAGUCGGCAAAACUUUUGCGGCCGACGUGGUCGUUGGUCACGUUUCGUUGCCCCGCAUAGCCGAAGAAAGAGAUCAACUGCAGCAGCAGCAGCAGAAUCAUAAUCACAAUCAUCAGCUGUUGCAGCCGACUGCCGCCGUGGUAGCGGUCGUCGAAAGAGCGAAACCCGCGAAGUCCGCAAACGGCGGCUGCAGGUAUUUCUUCAACAGGAAGUACAAACAACACAGAGAACAGCAGCAACAACAGCAACAGCAGCAGCAGCUUCAACUGCAGACGCCUCCUGCUAGUAGUAAACUCGACGAGGCGUCGUGCAAGAACGACGCCGUUGCGAGUAGACACUGUACGACGAAUGUCACGUCGGCUCCCGUCACGCCGUCCACACAAUAUCAACCUUGAGAAGAGUCGAUGACGGCCGACGUACGACGACGAUGAUGACGAUGACAACGACUUGUUGCUGCCGGUAGGCGACAGACCGACCGUCUUAUCUGCACACGACCACAUAACUCAUUAUACCGAUAUUAUGGUUUAAUCCUAAACUCGAGCUCUCGAGUCUUAGCGCCCCCUUCCCCCUCCACGGGAUUUUACGAUUAAUUACUAUUACUAUCAUUCUAUAUUAUAAUUAUUAUUCUCUGUAGACGAGGUGAAAACUGUAGGUACGUUUUUGUUAUUUUUUUUUUUUUUUAUAUAAUUUAUAUAUAUUAUUAUAUUUAUAUAGUUUACGUUUUAAUCACUUAUCUCCACGCUACUAGCGAGUACGCCGUCGCUUUUGUUUGCGUCAUUGUAGAUCAGGUAAAUUUCGCGAUUAUGUAUCUGCGUAUAAAUGCUUGUAGUAUAUAAGCAACCACUGUCUUAUCAAAAAAAUAUUCUAUACGUAUACGUUUGUCGGUUAAUAUUAUUGUCAUCACAGUUGUUACCAACCCGAAACGAUUUAAAAUAUUAUGUAUUAUAACCGUUUAUCACUGCGACGAUGCUCUGUAUUUCAUUAUUGUUUAAGAACAGUUUUAAUAAUUUCGGUUUCGUCAUUUUCGGUGUGGAUUAAUUUUACUCUAAAUUUAAAUUACGGUCGGAUUCGUUUGUGCGACCAGUGCGCGUUUGCAGUAAAUCAGUAUAUUAGUAUACUUAGUUAAGUGUUUGAGUGUUUUCAUCUGAGUUGGUUUAUCGUACUAAAUGUUAAUUAUAGGUAUCUUUACUACCUAUUCGUGUGCGUUAGUUUGUGUUAAGAGUUUAUUGAUCGUGUGUGUGUGUGUAAUAUUAUUGAACAUAAUAAAUGCAACACGCGAUUCUCGAUUAGUAUUAGUGAAAACUGUACACUGAUUGUGUUUUUGGUAUUAUUCAAGUUAUUUAUUUGUGAUAUUUUGUGAUAGAUAUACUAUGCCCAAAUGAAUUUUUUGUUCAUAAUUUUCUUCUUUAAUAACAUUAAUUAAUUAAUUAGGUAGGUAGGUAGUUUCCAAAUACGUUAUAAAAAUCCAUUUAAUUUUAUUAUUCAUAACUCAUAAUAUACGUAUUACUUUAUU